AUGCUGGCAAUAUACCAGCCAGGUGGGCCAGAAAACCUCUUUUAUGUGAAAGAUGUGGCCAAACCAAGCCCAGGAGAUGGUGAAGUCCUCCUGAAGGUAACAGCCAGCACCCUAAACAGGGCUGACAUAAUCCAGUACCUAGGGACUCCAAAGUAUGUCCCACCCCCAGGAGCCAGUGGCAUUUUGGAACUUGAGCAUGUGAUUGAGCUGGAGCCUGGCCGCUAGGGACACAGGCAGACUGGAGAUUUGGCCAUGGCUCUGCUGCCUCCUGGAAGCCAAAGCUCAGUCCUCCCUGUCCCUGAAGAUCUCCUUGUCCCUAUCCCAGAACUGAGAGUUCCAGCUGCAGCCAUCCUGGAGGUCUGGAUCGCCACCUUUCAGAUGGUACUUCUUGUAGGCCAUGUUCAGGCUGGAGGCUCUGUGCUGAUCCACGGAGGAUCAAGUGGAGUUGGCACAGCUGUCAUCCAGCUGGCUUGGAGUGCUGGCGCUAUUCCUCUGGUUAGAGCUGGCUUCCAGGAUAAGCUUCUAGCAGAGAAGCUCAUGGCUGCAGCUGAUUAG